UCCGUCUCUCCCUCGGCCUCCCUCCAUUAACGCUGGUUGGAAUUAAUAUUCUUUUUUGUUAAGGAGGAGAUAGACAAGGUAAAGCAGAAGAAGAUAAGAAACAAUCCUAGAAAAUUAGGGUUUCGAUUUUCCGUCUCUCUUUCCCCUCAAGCAGCUGAGCUGAAACGCGUAAAUAAUUAGAAGGAAGAGAAGGUAAGCAAAAAUUGUUAGCGUGUUUCAGAUCAGAACGAGGAGAAUGGAGAAGAGAGCGGAAAUCGCCAUUUGUAGCAGAAAAUCGAGGUUCCCUUUGAGCUUUUGGGACAUAGCGGUUGUGUCUGGGGUCGUUCUUAGCUUUCUUUUAGGGCUUCUCGGUGUUUAUUUGACGUUACCGGCUUCUGACUACAGCUUCCUUAAGUUGCCAAGGACUCUGGAAGAUAUUCAGAUUCUCAGGGAUCACCUUGAGAAUUACACAAGUGAUUAUACCAUACAGGUUCUAGUGGGCUAUUGCAUGGUCUACAUCUUCAUGCAGACGUUUAUGAUUCCAGGAACUAUUUUCAUGUCUUUGCUUGCUGGAGCCCUUUUUGGAGUCUUCAAAGGUGUGACUUUGGUUGUCUUCACUGCCACUGCUGGCGCUUCUUCAUGCUAUUUCCUAUCAAAAUUGAUAGGGAGGCCCCUUGUCUUCUCUCUGUGGCCAGACAAAUUGAGUUUCUUCCAAGCUCAGGUAGCUAAAAGAAGAGAGAGGCUACUUAACUAUAUGCUUUUCCUAAGAGUGACACCUACUUUGCCUAACACAUUCAUCAAUGUAGCUUCACCAAUAGUUGAUGUUCCAUACCAUAUAUUCUUCCUCGCAACCUUCAUUGGACUCAUUCCAGCUGCUUACGUCACUGUCAGGGCUGGAAUAGCUCUUGGAGAUUUGCAAUCACUUGGUGACCUCUACGACUUCCAGGCUAUUGCUACCAUGUUCCUUAUUGGGGUUGUCACAGUCACUCCUACUCUAAUGAACAAGAGCAAGGCGUAGGGUGUCCUCCGGCAGAAAUUCAUCCUCCAUCCGUAUUUGUGGGAACCUAGAAGCAUCAGCUCAUGUCUGUACAUAUGUAAUAAGUUGGAAUUUCAGCCUGGUUCCCUACUUUCAAAGUGUUCCCACAUCCCACAGAAUCUGCAACAAGCCAAGAACUGCAGAAUCUUCCUCGAGAGGUCUGGAAGGGGGUGUUCCCUCCGAUGGUUAUGGGAAUGUCUACUGGCCUCAGGCAGGUCUAUGGGGUGUUGGUGACUUGGUGUCUUCUUUUGAAUUAAAAUUUGUUGUCCGCGUAUUGUUUUAUACAGGAUAACACAUUUAUACAGGUGUAUAGUUAUUGUUCCUUUUUUUAGUGCCCGGUGUUCUUAAAAGCUUUUA